AUGCGCAAGGAGAUCGAGAAGGAGUACGGCGAUGUCGACGUGGACGGUGAGACCGGCCCAACCGCCACCAACGAGUACAACCUCGCAACCCAACAUGACCAGCUCGAGCGCGGUCUCAAGAGCCGCCACAUCCAGUUCCUUGCUCUUGGUGGCGCCAUUGGAACAGGUCUCUUCGUUGGUUCCGGCAGCAUCCUCUCUGCUAGUGGCCCUGCACCCCUUUUCAUGGGCUAUUGCUCCAUGAUGAUCCUCGUCUGGUGCAUUAUGAACGUUCUCGCCGAAAUGGUUACCUAUCUGCCGAUGCGUGGUAUUACCGUCCCCUACUUUGUAACUCGAUUCGUGGACCCUAGCUUGGGUUUCGCCGCUGGUUGGAACUAUUGGUACGCCUACUCCAUGCUGGUUGGAGCUGAAGCUGUAGCGGCUGGCAUUAUCAUCGAUUACUGGAGCCCUCCCGUCAACAUGGCUCUGUGGAUCGCCAUUGUCCUCGUCGUCAUGCUCCUCCUCAACAUCAUCGCUGUUAGCUUCUUCGGUGAGGCUGAGUUCUGGUUUGCCAGUAUUAAGCUCAUUCUUAUCAUGGGACUCAUCAUUCUUGGCUGGGUCAUUUUCUUUGGCGGCGGCCCAAACCAGACUGAGGUCCGCGGAUUCUACUAUUACAAGACCCCGGGUGCUUUUGUCGAAUAUAAUACCCCGGGCCACGCUGGAAAGUUCCUCGCUUAUUGGCACGCCUUCGCCAGUUGCGGAUUCGCCUUCAUUACUUCUCCUGAACUCAUUGCUAUCGCUGCUGGUGAGACCGUCGCUCCCCGUCGCAACAUUCCCAAAGCAGCCCGUCGGUUCAUUUGGCGUCUUGCCAUCUUCUAUGGUGUUUCAUCACUCCUUAUUGGUAUCCUGGUGCCUUACAAUGAGAAGGCUCUUGGCACAGCUGGUAAUGCUAGUGCAUCCCCUUGGGUGAUUGGCAUCCAGAAUGCCGGUAUACCUGUUCUGAACCAUAUCAUCAAUGCUUGCAUUCUCACCUCCGCUUGGUCCGCCGGUAACUCCUUUUUGUACUCUGGCAGCCGUAUCCUAUAUUCUCUCUCCCUCAGUGGCCAAGCACCUAAGAUUUUCAGCCGCACCAACGCCAAGGGUGUCCCUUGGCUUGCCGUCCUUGCAACCUGGACAAUCGGCUUGCUUGCCUUCCUCAAUGUCUCCCCAGAUGGUGCCAAGGUCUUCAACUGGUUCAUGAACAUCUCCACGAUUUCUGGAUACAUCGCUUGGAUCGUGGUCCUUAUCACCUAUAUCCGAUUCCGAAAGGCCAUGGAACUCAACAACCUUCUCAGCAGCCUCCCCUACAAGACCCGGUUCCAACCAUACUUCACCUACUUUACACUUUUCGUGAUCAGCCUUCUCACGCUUACCAACGGUUUCCAAAUCUUCAUUCCCAAGAACUGGAAUGUCCAAGACUUCUUGGCUGCGUACAUCACCAUCCCUAUCUUCCUUGUCUUCUACCUGGGCCAUAAGAUUUGGUUCCGAACUCCAUUCUACAUUCCCAUUGACCAGAUUGAUGUUACUACCGGAAAGAAGGAGAUGGAUGAGCUGGAAGCUAGAGACGUCCCUCCCGUACCAAGGAACCUUCUUGAGAAGAUCUGGUUUUGGGUUGCUUAG